GAAUACAAUGCCACAAUUGAGUUCUAUUGGGCUCCAUUUCUAGUGGAGUCCAAUUCAGACCUCCAUGUAAUAGGGGAUCCAAAGAAGAGAAUUCUAAGAGUUGAUUCAGUUUCCAAGCAUGCUAAACACUGGGUAGGAGUGGAUAUUCUUAUCUUCAACACUUACGUUUGGUGGAUGAGUGGUCUCAAGAUCAAAUCACUAUGGGGCUCAUUUGCAAAUGGAGAAGAAGGGUUUGAAGAGUUGGAUGCCCCAGUUUCCUACAGAAUAGGGCUCAAGACAUGGGCCAAUUGGGUUGACUCAACUAUUGAUCCUAAUAAGACCCGCGUCUUCUUCACUACCAUGUCCCCUACACACCAGAGAAGUGCAGACUGGAACCGUAAGGAUGGGAUUAGGUGCUACAACGAAACAAGACCAGUGAAGAAGAAAGGCCAUUGGGGAACUGGUUCUGAUAAAAGAAUAAUGAGUGUGGUGGCCAAUNCCCUACAAAAUUCGACAUCAUGA